AUGGGCACCAUACUUUCGGGCUCACUGGUGUUGGCUGUGGGAUUAUGGUUGAGGUUUGACCCAGACAUGACCAGCCUCUUAGCCGAAAAUGAUGCCCCUGAGCACUUCUUCAUUGCGGUGUACAUCCUGAUCGGAGCAGGAGGUGUCAUGAUGCUGGUGGGGUUCUUCGGCUGCUUUGGGGCCGUGAGGGAGUCACAGUGUCUUCUGGGAUCGUUCUUCGCUUGCCUUCUUGUAAUUUUUGGCGCAGAGGUCGCUGCUGGAGUCUUUGGCUUUCUGAAUAAGGAUAAGAUCAUUCAGGAUGUCCAAAAGUAUUACCAGUCUGCUAUGGAAAAUGGCAACGUGACCGCUAUUACUUCCAUGUAUCACGAAAUGUUUGAAUGUUGCGGCACUGAGUCCUCUCACCCUCCUGAUCUGUGCACUGAUGACAGUCCUGACACGUAUUGUGACAAAGCAAUAGAAGACUUCUAUAAAGAAACACUCUUCAUAAUCGGAUACGUUGGCAUCGGCAUUGCUGGAAUUAUGAUAAUUGGCAUGAUCUUCAGCAUGGUUCUAUGCUGCGCCAUUCGGAACAGCAGAGAAAUUAUUUAGGUUCCUCAAGCUUCCCCUCUCACCCAGUUGGGCUGUUUCAAAGCCCACUGUCUUUGACCUCAUCAGACCAUCACAUUCAGGCUCGGGAAGCGGGUGGAGGAGCUCCCGUGAGACAGUGUGGGUCUUGUGGUACUGUUUUGUGAUCAGCGUUCUAUCUCUGAUGGUUUCUGUCUUUUCUGCUCCUUGCAUUGACGAUGACCUCCACUGCAUGGACUGCUACUGUAACUGCAUUAACCUUUACAUUUAUUUUGUCUUCAAUGAUUUAUUACCGAAUCAUCACAAGGAGAAUCUUCAGUGUACAUCUCGCUUUUUUCAAACUUGGUCUCACUUAAUAGAUAGUUCUUGAGUUACCAGUUAAGAAUGAAUGAAACGGACAUUUACUUGCUGGUGUAAAUAAGCUCUCUGAUGCAUCACUGAUCAACUACUUUUCAUGUUAUUUAUUGUGUGAACUAGACCAGUGGCCUCAUUUAUAAAGC